AAAAGGAAAAGGAAAAGGAAAAGGAAAAGGAAAGAAUUGAAAGAAAAAGAGAGAAUUUUUCACAAACAUUAUAAAACUAAAAAGAAUUGAAUUAUUGGAAUCUAUCAUCCGCCUCCUCCUCCUUCUCCUUCUCCUUCUCCUUCUCCUCCUCCUCCCCUUCCCCCCAUCUCUUUCCGGAAGAAGCCAUGGGAGCACUCUCCGAGUUCUUCUCCCACCUCCACACAAUGACCGCAGUCUUUUUCACCCUUUUACUUCUCGAAUUCGUUAUUCUCAUUCGUACCAUCUUCGGCUUAAGACCUAACGCCGACAAGCGCGUAAUCACGACGGCUCAGUUUUUGAAACUCAUCGAAGACAAGAAUCCCACCAUCCGUUUCUCAAAUAAGGUCACCCCAAGUAUCGCCGAUCAGUGUGCCGUUUGCCUCUCUGAAUUCGAGGAAGGAGAGAAGGUACGGAAAUUGCAAUGCAACCACACUUUUCACAAGGAUUGUCUCGAUAAUUGGUUGAAACUCUGUUUCGCUACAUGUCCGCUUUGCCGGAGUAAGGUUUUGCCCGACGAUAUCGUCGCCGGCUACCAUAGGCUUCGUGACCGUGUAGAGUACGACGGCAGUGACGAGGAGCUCAUCUUUUUGUUAUCGGCAUUACAUGUGUUUGAAUCUCGUUACUUCCUCGUACCUUUUGGAACAGUUGGAGUUUUUGUUUUCUUCUACUUUUGAUUUUUGAAUACCCACCACAAGACGAGGGAAACCGAGGACAAUGGUCUUUAAAGAACCGGUGAUUAGGUGAGAUGAGUUGCAUUAUUAAAGUCAGUGUGUUUAACUUUUGAGCAUUACCAGAUUCAGGGGAUGGGUGAAAAAGGAGAAGAAGCAAAGCAAAAACAGGUAUUAGAUGGUUAAGCCAAAUACCUAUGUACUGUUGGUGAGAAUAAGUUUGUCCUAAAUGGGUUGUGGGAGCUACAGUAGUUCGCAUGAUGUACUGAAUUGUUCUGUAUGUCGGACAAUAGCAAUAAGUUGAAAUGUUAAACAGGCAAAAUCUCGUGGUGGAGCAGCGGAGGGUAAUUCAAAAGAUUUGACAUUUAAUGUCAGAUUCAAAAAAAGUAGAUGAACCACUUCAAUAGUAAAGUAAUAGUACCACAAACCGGAAGAAACGCACAAGGGGAAGAUGAAUCCUUAUCUAUUUUGGAAAUGGGGUUGGUUGAUUUGAUUCAUUCCUUUUUUAUUUCUUCAGGGUCGAGUUUUAUUUGGUGCAUAUCGCCGUUUCCCUUUUUAACCAUGGAAUAUAAUAAUAUAUUGCUGGAAAUUAAAAAUAUGGCUCUGUUUAGGUCAUGAGUUUGGUAAGAAAUUAAGAUGCAACAGAUUCGUAAUAUUUGAAUGAAGAUGUGCGCUCAUUUUUAAAA